AUGACUGGGCAUCAGGAUGAAGAGGCAAGGCCUCUUCUGCAACGGUUAGAGCGGUCGAUAACCAAGACACCUCUGCCCUGGGAUCAAUUCUGGAUUAUACUGUUCUUGCAGCUUUCGGACCCUCUUCAACUCCAGACCCUUGCUCCGUUCAUUCCUCAACUUAUCAGAGACAUUGGCGUGACCCACGGCGACGAAUCCCAGGUUGGACACUAUGUCGGCAUCCUGCAAUCAUCAUAUUAUAUAGCUCAAGCAAUGACUAUUCUUCAUUGGAGUCAACUGUCUGAUUACGUUGGGCGGAAGCCUUUGAUACUGACUGCUUUAUUCGCGAUAACAAUUUCGAUGUUCUCCUUUGGACUAUCAACAACUUUUCUCGGUCUGGUGGUCAGCCGUGUCAUCUGCGGGGCACUCAACGGGAGCAAUGGCGUCAUCAAAAGUAUAGUGAUGGACAUCACUGACACAACCAAUCUGCCAAAGGCAUACGGUUAUAUGCCGCUUCCGUGGAUGAUCGGGAACGCGUUCGGACCACUCAUAGGGGGAACGCUCUCCCGGCCGGCAGAUAGAUUCCCUGAAAUUUUUGGGCGAUCAGAACUCUUGAAAACUUACCCAUACCUCUUACCAUGCGCUGUUCCGGCUAUAUUUGCCUCGGUAGCUGGGCUAGUCACGUACUUCCGUUUAAAAGAGACCGUUUCUACAAGGACACCGCUUUUGAAGUCGAUUAAAAGACGGCUCUUGGGACAGUCAUAUGCGAAGUCUUCCACACAGAAUGAAUCGAGCGAUGCUGUGGCCGGUUCUUGGCAAGCAAACCCUGAAGAGGUCCCAUCAAAACCUCUUCCACUGCGCGCUGUGCUAACUCCAAAAGUUCUGGUAAUGGCAGCAAAUUGUUCUACAAUGGCUCUCUUGCAUAACGCAUACUAUAUCUCGAUCUUACCUCUUUUCUAUGCCACGCCGAUUGAACUAGGUGGUCUUUCCCUUGAUCCUCCCCGCAUUGGCGCUAUCCUUGCGGUGUCAGGUUUCGUCAAUGGUGUAUCCCAGUUACUUUUAUUCUCUCGUUUACAUGAUCGGUUUGGCGCAGGUGCCAUGCAUACCUUUGGUGUUUCCGCCGGUAUACCCAUUGUCCUUUUAUUCCCCGUGAUCAACGGACUGGCUCGAACCCAUGGCAUGGGCUUGGCGGUGUGGUUGUGUGUUGGCGUUCAACUUGCGCUGACGCCUAGCCUACUCAUGUGCUACUCAUGCUUGGCGUUGUAUACCAAAGCAGCUGCUCCCAAUCGCGCCUCGCUUGGAGCAACCAAUGGAAUCACUCAGCUGCUUAUUGCAGGAGGAAGAAUCAUCGGCCCCGCAUCGGCAGCAUCGAUCUUUUCUUAUUCGAUGCAGCAAGGUCAUGAUGCUUGGUUUAUAUACUACUUCCUGAUGGCAAUCGCAUUUCUCGCUGUAGGUACUUCUCUGCUGCUUCCUCGCGAUCCCAGUCUCUGGGAAGAUUGUCAAUAG